GUCCUGGUGUGAGCUCUGUUGUGGUUUGCCCGGUCAGUAGUGUGCAGUGGUUCGUGUGGUCAGUCACAGGGUUUACACUCUGUCCUGGGAUGCACUGUUGACCACGUUCAUUGAUGAGUAGCUGGUCCUUCACUGGACAAAGCAUCCCAGACUGGCCAAGAGGAUUUUUUCGGUUUUCUGCCCUCUCACUGAGGACAAAGACUUUGUGUGUGUGUGUGUGUCCGUUUUCACACAUUGGAAUACGACUGAGAGUGAGAGAAGGAGAGCGAGCAAGAGGCGACUGCUCUUUUUGUUUGGGGAUUAUAUUUUGAUUUGCUGAAUUGUAUUUUUAGAUGUUGAGACUGCUUGAGCUGGGCUUGUAUGGUUUCUCGGUGUCCGUGUGGAAAGAUGUGCUUUUUUUCCCCCCUCCAUGUGGAUUGCGUGUGUGUUGAUAUGUUGGGAUAAAUAUUGCUUUUGGGAAAUCAUUUGAGGAGACCGUGCCUUUCUACAGCACCUUUGGAGGUAUCGCUCUCUGACAUUACUUUGGGGAUGACGGCAGUGUCUUCGCUCCCGAGGUUUCUCUAUCCUGGGCGUAGAAGAUGUCUCUGAAGUCCAUGUGAAGAGGACUGUUUUAAACCAACGUCUUAAAAGCAACGCUGGUCCACCCAUUGAUUCCAGACUACAAAGCAUUGUUGCAUUUUCCUCUGAAAUCUUUAACUGGCUGGAGGCUUGUCCUGUGUCUGUCCCAGGUGUCUUAACCCGGGUUUAACUUGGUCCUGACUUGGUCUUAGACCGUUCUUAACCCGGACCAACCGGUGCACCUGGCUCAACUGGCCUCUCAAGACUUACGAGGGGGGAUCAACUUUCUCCAAAAACAGAGAGGGAGGGUGGGGGACGUUUCCAUUACAGAAAAAGGGGUCUCCUGCUUACAUUGUGGACACUAACUAACUGUACUUUAUGGAUUUAUCAGAGUCAUUAUUGACCCUGGCUGUCAUCUGGAGUUCUUGCCAUCUCCCAGCCUGGACUUUUAGCUGGAGAAAGGAGUAGCCUUCCGCUUGCCACUGGUCACCAGGGUUUACAUGAGUUACAUGUCAGUCAUGAAUGUGGGUGUGUGUGUGAUAGCAGGGACACCCAUAGUUUCUAGGUUCUACCGGUUUUGUAGCGUUAGGAAACGUUCACACUCCUUCGUUCUUGAGUACUGAGUUGUGAAAUAUGCUGUUAAUAAAUCUGUCUUUUUUAAGUUAUGCUCCGCACCAAAGCUCUGCUAGCUACCUGUGGUGGUCGACCUGUAGUUGUGACCGAUAUCGUUCCAGAUAGCUCUGGUUCCCACUGCUCUCUGGGAGGGUUCAGAGACGUGUUGUAUUACUUCUGACCAUACCAGAGGAGAGAGAAAGGGGGAGAGAGAGAGAGAUAGAGAGGGAGGGGCUGAUGACAAACAACCACUCCCCCGAGGGUUGAGGUUACUGUAGGUCAACAGCAGCAUCGGCACUGUGUGUGUGUGUGUGUGUGUGUGUGUGUGUGUGUGUGUGUGUGUGUGUGUGUGUGUGUGUGUGUGUGUGUGUGUCCGCAUGUGUGUGCGCGUCUAAGGGAGCAAUCAGAAUCAUGACCCAGGCCUAAAAAACAUUUGGCUCUCAGAGACGGCAAAGAAUUUCACUUCGACGACAAAGGGGGAAUACCAGACCAGCACCGACCACUCUCCAGGCUUAGAGACACUGCUCACACCUCUGACCAGAGAGAAGAGAGAAAGAAAAUAAGAGGGAGGGGAGCGGUGAGAGCCAAAAGAACAUAGAGGCCCAGGCCAUGGAUAUUUCAGUCAGCAUGGACACCGAGAAUGGGACAGACUGGGAGUGUCUGUCUGACUGGGAGGCUAUCCCUCAGCCACAAGACGAUGAGAUCCAGGCCGAGGCCCAGGCCCAGUGGGAGACCUGGGACUGGGAGUCAGAGAGGGUCCCAGCCGUAUUGAGUCCUACGUAUAAGCAACGCAAUGAGGACUUCAGAAAACUCUUCAAGCAGCUACCCGACUCAGAACGCCUCAUUGUGGACUACUCCUGUGCCCUGCAAAGAGAUAUCCUGCUGCAGGGGCGCCUCUACGUCUCGGAAAAUUGGAUCUGUUUCUAUAGCAACAUCUUCCGCUGGGAAACGCUGCUGACGGUGCGGUUGAAGGAUAUCUGCAGCAUGACCAAGGAGAAGACGGCCCGCCUCAUUCCCAACGCUAUCCAGCUGUGCACUGACAAUGACAAGCACUUUUUCACCUCGUUCGGAGCGAGGGACCGGACAUACAUGAUGAUGUUCAGACUAUGGCAGAAUGCUCUGCUAGAAAAGCCCUUGUGUCCCAAAGAGUUGUGGCAUUUUGUCCAUCAGUGUUAUGGCAACGAGCUGGGUCUGACCAGCGACGACGAGGACUACGUGCCUCCAGACGAUGACUUCAACACCAUGGGGUACUGCGAGGAGCUGCCCGUGGAGGAUAAUGACACCAACUUCGCCAAGAUGCCUGACGCCAAGGGAGACACCAGCCCCCUGUUGUCCCACAGAGCCUUUCCCAACAACGCCCUACCCUGUCCGAACACGAUCGAAUCACUCCUCCCCUUUAACUUGGCUGUCGUGGACGAGUUCCCCCUGUGUCUCCCCGAUGGAGAACUCCUGACCCUCCAGUUGCCGGGGUUGGACAACCGGAGCAGUGGUCCCAGUAGCCCCGCCCCCUCGCGCUCGCUGGACUUCAACGACAACGAGGACCUCCCUACCGAGCUCAGCGACUCCUCCGAGACGCACGACGAAGCAGGGGAGGUACAGGCCUUCCAUGAGGACCUGAAUGGGAAGCAGUACAUAAACGAGGUGUACGAGUUCAGCGUUGACAAGAUGUACGACAUCCUCUUCACCGAGUCCACCUUCAUGAGGGACUUCCUGGAGGAGAGACGCUUUUCAGACAUAGUCUAUCACCCCUGGAAGAAAGAGAAAGAGGAGACGGGCAACCAGACCAGAGAGAUCAUGUACACCAUCUCCCUCACCAACCCCCUGGCCCCCAAGACAGCCACCGUGACUGAGACGCAGACGCUGUACAAGGCCAGCCAGGAAAGCGAGUGCUACAUCAUAGAUGCUGAGGUGAUAGCACACGAUGUCCCCUACCAUGACUACUUCUACACCCUAAACCGCUACGUGCUCACCAGGGUGGCCAAGAAGAAGUGUCGGCUCAGGGUAUCCACAGAGCUGCGCUACAGGAAACAGCCAUGGGGGCUGGUCAAGGGCUUCAUCGAGAGGAACUUCUGGAGUGGCUUGGAUGAGUACUUCAGACACUUAGAGCUGGAGCUGAGUAAGGUGGAGGUGGUCCUGGCCGAGCCCCACAGACAGUCCCCCAAGGCCAGGGCUCUACGGGCAGGGGCAUUGAGGCGACGGAAACGGCCCCUGGUGCACCUGCGGCCCCCACACAUGGACGAAGCCCUCAGCUCCGUCACCACGCCCGAGGACGAGGAGGUCACCCACCGCCACCGGAUCAAACACGUGGCAGCAGGUUCCACUCAAACCAGAUACAUCCCGGACAAUGUCCCAGGAGGCCUAGCGCUCUACAGUGUCUCCAAGCUACUCCUCAUCAUCAGCUUCGUCCUAGUAUUGUUGGUGUUUCUGAACAUGAUGCUUUUCUAUAAGCUGUGGAUGCUGGAGUACACCACACAGAGCCUGACCUCGUGGCAUGGCCUACGACCACAAGAAAGUAAACUUCCACAGACGCAGCUGGAGUGGGCCCAGCUUCUGGAGUCGCAGCAGCGGUACCAUGACGAUGAGCUGCAGAAGUGGAAGGAGAUCAUCAAGUCGUCGGUGAUGUUGCUGGACGAGAUGAAGGACUCACUACUAAACCUGCAGAAGGGCAUGGGCUUAAGAGACUAUAACUCUGAAUCGGAGCAGAAGAGGAGUCGAUAUCACUGACAAACAGACAAUCCUUAAGCCGCCAGCCAGGACAUUAUGUGCAAUAUCUAAGGAACCAUUUAUGGGAAAGUCUUGAGAAAAGGAAAACAAGAGAAAUAUGUUUUCUUGCACGGGGGAACAACGACAGGUCUCCCAGAACGACCGACUCCACUCCCACCGCCCAACGUCUGGCAGAAAGUUACCUCAUCACCACCAGGACAGGAUUGGGGCGGACUCCGUCUGCACCGUUGCAUCAUGGGAAAAGACAGAGGUGCCAUGACCUACAUUGGCCUAAACUCUGACUUUUUUUCACCUCGUUCUCUGAGAAUGUUGUACUGUAAAGUGUUUUGUUUUGUUUGUUUUUUGGGGGACAAAGUACGGACAAAGCAAAGAUAGAAGGGAUGGGUCAGGGAAGCUUGCAUUUCUGAGAAAAAAAUAAAGUUUUCGAUGGAGAUGUGUAUUGAAACGUCGGCAUAUUUGUCUCAGAAGAGCAAAAAUAAUACUGGGUCAGGGGUUCCUUGUGUUCCUCCAUAGCCUUUUUAGGAACUCUGGGACAAAGUUUUGGUGCUGCAGUAUCCCCUUUUUUUACAGACCUUUGGACUCUGGGACCAGGUUACGAUCAUAAACGGAACCACAAUCAACGUGCAGUGUUUCAACACAACCCAUCAUUUAUAGGAUAGAACCUCCAGGAAUCAUAGUAUAUUAUAAAUGCAUACAUAUAUAUAUACAUACGAAUAUGAAUAUAUUAUAAUGACGUAUGUCUUUCUUGUUUUGAAUUGCAGUCAGGGCAAAUUUUUACCAGGCUUCCAUGGUGUAUCAGGGCAGGUUUCCCUGAAAGCUUGUGCCAUGGCGUUUGUGUUUCUAUGUUUGUGUUUGUGUGUUCAUGUUUUCUAAGGCAUGCUCUCUACUGCGUGUAGAGUACCCCUACCCCUUUGAUUUGUAUUCGUGGACAGGGGAGCUAGCCAUAGCUUUUAGCAGCAGUGAGAAUGUAUUGGUUAACUGGUUACGUUGCCAGCUUGUUAGUAUACACGGAUGAGAAAGCGGUCAGCUUUUGCAGAGGUACGCAGUAGGUGUUUCUCAAUAUGCAUACUACCAUGCUCCACUCUGUCAUGCUCCGAGUGCAUUCUUAGAAGACGUUCUCUUGAGUUCAUUCAUGUGAGGACGAGAGUGUGGAGAACGCAUAAAACAUUACAUUUGAAGAAGCACAUCCCCUAUUGUAUUCUCAUGCUGCACUUCCCCAUUCACGGAACUUUCUUCCAGCCAGGACAAUGACAAUAGAGAUGAAACCAGAUAUACACAAAGCAAAUUGUUUUACUUUAUAACUAUCAGCUAGCUACAUGUGAAUUGUAAUUACCUAGCUCAUCAGAUAGUUUAACAGGCAAAAAUGACCUAAAACUAAUGUCAUGCAAAGUAGACAUUUAAUUCUUCAUGGUUAGCUAGCUAACAAUUCUUUGUGACCAUCUGGCUAGCUAACAGUAGUAGCUAGCCAGUUAGCCUUAUUGACUUACUACGGGCUUGCGAUCUACAUAUACUACAGUGGGUAUUGUAGGAAGGUAAACAUGCCAAAAUUAACACAGCAUGUAUUUAUUAAAGUAUCCAGAUAAAAUAUUGUAGUCAGGCAACAUAUGAGAUGUCAGAAUUUAUUUUCUCUCACUUCAGCUUCAAAAUAUGUACAAACAGAGUACGUUUUCGAGAAGUGCUCUGUUUCGCAUACUUUGAUUUGGACUCACACUCCGACCCUCCUGUGCUUCAAUUUGCGUGCUCGGAGCAUGAUAGUAUGCAUUUUGAGAAACACCCAGUAUUUUCCAGUGAUGCAGCGUUCUUCCGGGAACAGGGCUUUCUUGGCCCUAGCCAACCCCAAAUGUUAUAUCAACGUUGUGCUUAGGUUUUAUCCAUACACGUCUUCAACCUUGUCCUUCAGGAUGAUUUGUUUUAGGUUAUGGGUGCAUCUAUUCAUUGUUGCCAAGAUUUACGUGUCAAGUUUUAUGCUAACGUAUCAUUUUUUUUAAAUUUUGGGCAGUAUUGUUAUCAUCUUUUAUUUAGCUGCUUUGUGUUGUAUCAAUUCAUUUGUGGCUGUCCUGUACUGUCUGGAAUAGGAUGUACUUGGGAGUGUACUGUAUAGGCAUUGGUAUGGACCCUAAGUGAUUUUACACAUUCGAUGGAGCUUGAAUGCGUCUCUACCGGCACUUCAAAAAUAAUUUAGGUUGUUUUACCCAGUAUUUGUUAUCAGCACCAAAUACUGUGUCAGACAGAGAGAUCAUAAUGAUCAGUGUUAUGAUCAUGUGGAUGUUAAACUAUGUCGCUCUAUGAACCUUCUUCACAGGGCACCUGGUUGAUCAGCUUUUAACCACAGACUGACAGUAUUUUAGGGAGGGUAUUUCUCCGGAGAGGGACGUCAUUUUACGAAGGGAUACUGCAGCUGAACCCGAAAAACUUUGAUCCCUACGAAAUAUUUGAUGAUUAAAACUGUGAACUUCCUCGUUGAAGAAUAUGCUUGAAGCUGGAAAAAAACAAGACUAACGGAAAUUGUACAGUAUUCAGAGGCAGAUAUGUAGGGAUUUAUUUAUGUACAGUGUGUACGAGAAAUGUGAAAGAAACGUUCAGUGGUCACCCACUGCAGAACUGGAUUCAAAUACAGUACCAUUUGAAAUCAUUUCAAAUAUUUCAGCUGUGCUUGAUUGAGUUUUCCUGGCUUUUAUGGACCAAUAGAAAAGUCCUAAAACUGCAGACCCCACCCAUUUGACACUCUCGGCAGGCUAAAACAAACUCAAAGUAUUUGAAAGAUUUCGGAUAGUAUUUGAACUCGGGUCUGACCUACUGUACUCCUCUGUCUUCCCAAAGAUGUCUGUUGUGGGCUAUGUCCUGGCGCAUUGGAUGUGUCAAGUUGACACAGUCAACCAUUCCCACAUCGUUUGUGUUUGUUGAUUUAAAAUGCCCCAAAUGUAAACAUGUACAAGAAUGGUAUCAACUGUGGCUAAAACUACAAUUUUAGUAUCUCCCCAUCUGUCUAUGGAAGAAGCAUAGCUAUCAAAAUACAUUUUCAUUUCGAAUUGAAUUUAGACAGCUAAACACUUCCAUAUUUGCUUGCCACCCAUGUAUGUUCAAUUGGUUGGACUCUCAAGGUUUCCUGUGACGACUUUGGAAACAAACAAAGCCUGUGGCCGUUGAUUCAGCCACUAACUGGUAUGUUUGAGGGAUUGGGAUGAAGUCAUACACAGUGCACGGUGUGCAGAAGUAACAUUUAGGCCAAAAUAAUUAUGUCUGAGUUUAUCAACGUUACGCAUUGGGAUACAACGCUUUAGACAUGGGUCAUAUUCACUACGAAGCAAAUGGGCGACAACGGAGAAGGACGUACCUGAAUUUGUCCAAUAAGAAACACUAGUUUUCCUCUACAAAGCAUUUUGCUAUUGUGUGCGCUAAUGACUAUGACCCUGCACUCAUUGGCUUUGCAGACAGUGGAUCUGUACAUUCCAAAAAGAGGAGGGUUUCAUCUGAAAGAAGAAACAACAAUAUAUGCAAUGGAUUGAUACAGUGGGUAGCACUUCAUACAUUAUGAAUGUGAGUCAUUUACAGCAUUGCUGAAUAAUUUUCCCCACUCUCUUGCGCUAUGACAUGGUCAAUGUUGCUGCAAUGGCCAUUUGACCGAGUUCAGGUCAAGUUGUUAAGCCUAAUUUUAAGAGUGAUAAUUGAGACGAGAUCUAUUCGGGGCAGAUGAAAUGGUAUUUCUGAGAAAAAGGGCCCAUGAUGAGAUUACAAUGAUUUAUACUGUACCUUACAUUUUUCAUCAGUCGACAUGACAAUCAUUUCUGUUGACUUGGUGAGAGGAGUAGAAAGCAGGUCAACCAACGUGAGAUGAUGUGCAACCAAAAGGUGACCUUUGGAAAGGUGACCCUUGGAAUAAGAUGGAAUACGCAGCAGGAGGAAACGAACGCAACUUGCCGCUCCACCACUCGUUAUUGAUUUAGUUGCCGAGGAGGGUCGCACAACUGCGUGCAGUACAUAUUGUGCUCUUCCAUCGUGUGUGCAAUGCUGUUGAGGUGGGAAAAAACAGCGUUUGUUGAUUGCAGUAACUUUGUUGUUGUAAUAUCUCAAACGGACGUGGCUGUUUCACCAUUAGGGAUUCAAAGAAAACGCUCGAUUAAUCCGAUGCAAUACAUAUAUUUAAUACAUUAUCUAACAUUUCGAUAGUAAGCUGCCUUCAUUUGAGUUUCUGGAAAACGUAGGGACCCUUUGAUGACCUUUCUAUAGAGAAUGCAUGCUAGGUUCCUGUCUCAUUCGAUUUAAUUCAUGAUCUCAGAUGUGUUCUAUGCAUAGGUGCUUUACAUAUGUAGGAAUGCCUCAAAUGGCCCUGAAAAUAAAAUUGUUUAAAUUGUGUUUUUAAUAGAAUGGUCAGUAAGCAUGUCUGAGUGUCUGAGAAAACAAACAAAAUAUGUUGCACCCAAAAAGUAGUGUUCUUAAAAACCUGAAACUGAAAGAGCUUUCUUUAUUAAUUUGAACGCUCACAAAGCUGCAGCUUGACCUGUUCAUGUUUGCCAAAUGAUAGGAAAUUAUGAACAAUAUGCACAAUAUAGGUAGAAAAUAGUGUCUUAAAUUGAGCGUGAGACAUAAAUAGCGAGUUGAAAGGAUGUAUUUUAGAGCUUGUGUUUGUGGUUUAAGUUUCCAUGACAAUCCCACGAAGCCUGACCUCAAAUGCUUUCAAACCCUUCACUUCAGUACACACACGAGCGCACGCACACACCUCAGACCGGUGCAAGUUUUCCAUCUCAGAAACACUUGUUGUGGUAUUGUAUAUCGUCUGUGUGUGUGUACAAUUACCUGAUAUGUUUUUUUAAAGUGUUUUGAUCUCCUAUAUAUAUAUGACUGAAAUAUUUCUACAGAUAAUACUGUAUGUAUAUGUUGUGUAUAGCUCCGGUGUACACAGACUAGAGAAACCCAUCCACGCUGGGCGUGGUCUUGGGGGGGGGGGGGACUUUGAAUUGAAAAAACAUUCUAAAAGCUUUAUUGGUUUGUGGAGGAGUAGAGAUGAAAUAAAAUAAUGGGACGUA